AUGAAAGGCCGUUUAAAUGCCCUUCCUGUCAAAAUUCGUACUGUAGCCAAUCUUUCCUUGAGUGUUCACACAAGGCUUCACCAGAAAGGUGAGAGGACCUUCAAAUGUGAAACUCGUGACAGAUCAUUUGCAGAAAAGUGUCACUUGACCAACAAUGAGCUAAUUCAUGCAGGCCCAAAGCUGUUCACGUGCUCCACCUCUUCAGAAAAUUUUCGUUUUAGGGCUAAGUUGAAUGAUCACAAAACUAUUCAUGUGCCUGCGGCUUAUAAAUGCUCCACCUGCCCCAAAUUGUUCCGUACAAAGUUUUACUUGAAUGCUCAUGAAAAACUUCACAAAAAUGGAAAAACUUGUCUAAAAGAUAUUUAUCAAAAGUCUAGCAUGAAUAGUCAUAAAACAAUUCAUGAGUGCAAAGGAACCAGCAGAUGUCACACUUGUGACAAAUUGUUUGAACAGAGAAUGGGCCUAAGGAGGCCCCAGCCUACCAGCUGUGACCUACCACCUGUGGCUAUGCACACAGAUGGUAGGCUAUUUAAAUCUGGUACCUGCCCAAAAGAGUUGAGUGGAAAAUCUAGCUCAAGUCUUCACGAAAGACUUCUCAGUGGCAAGAUGCCGUACAAAUCUGAAACUCUUGAUGCACCAUUUUUAUGGAAAUAUAAAUCUGUGGGUUGCGGACAAAAUCAGUUGAUCAAAAAUUAUAAGCCACACCUCCUCAGAAGCACUGUGCGAAGAGUCUCAGUUGAGUGCUCAUGGAAAGAUUCACCAAGAUGAACUGACAUGCAAUCCUAGCACUCGUGCUAUUGCAGUCGCUGAAGGAGGGCACGUGAGUGCUCGCCAGGCUGCUCACAUGAGUGAAGGUUCAUAGAAGUGUCCUGUCCAGCCAAAAGUAGUUAGACUGAACUUACCUCUUCAAUCGAAGCUUUCUUUUCAGCUGAAACUUCCCUUGAAUCUCCUUUCAAAUUACAAGGGUACAAUCUACAAAUGUAGCACUUCUACCAUGGCAUUCACCAAUGAACAACACUUGAAUGCUCACGAGGCGGCUCACACGGGAUGAAACCUCAGUUCGCACAGGAUGAAUUCCCUUCAGUGGCCUGACUUUCCCGUGAGAAUUUGAGUGUCUUCCUAGGAUUGUCAAGGAUAUCGGUGCAAUGAUUUUGAUGAGUUUAAGGCUAUGCCUGCGGCACUGUGGACUGGCAUUCAGAUGAAGUUGGUGCUUUGAUGAGCCUGUCUUUUGUAUAAAUGUCUGUUAUAAACAUAUGCAUGCCCUCGAGGUGCACAAGAUGCAAAGCCUUUUCGAAAGUAGGUAACUCAUGCCGAAGCUCCUCCAUGCUACUUUCACCUUGUCAGUGAUUAUAGUGUUUUUGUUAAAAACAGUGACGGAUUGUAGUACUUUAGGUUCAAGAGUCAGUAUUUAAACAAACUAACGCAUCAUCUAUGUGUUAGUUUAUAAACAAGGGUUCUAGGGAUGCUGUACAUUCCUCCGAGAAGGCUUUUUUUUAGAAAUAAAAACUGUCUUCCAAUGA